AUACAAAAUGUGUGGACCUUUUGUCUGUGAAAUUAUAUCCAACAUAAAUGAAAGUAGUGAAGACGGGUUUUCGCUUAUUGUACAAUAGAUUUGAUUUGUUUAGAAUGGAAAGGAAACUGUUUUAAUUCCUGAAAUCGUCAAGCAGACAUCAAUUAUGCUUUAGACCGGAUAUAGUGAAUCUGUUUUACAUUAUCGUAUAAAAUUGCUGAUGGAUUAUGAUGAUAUGCCUACUGUUUACUCAAUAAUCUAAUGUAAAAGAUAAAUGCUCCGAGCUAUAUACUCCAAUUUUGUUGAAUCUAUGAUGUUCCGGUAUUUUAUCUAUCUGAAAUAACAUGGUGAUGAUGUACUAAUUGAAAUGAUGCGAUAUUCUGAAAUUCCGCGAGAGCUAUCAUCAGACAGUUUACGCUGUGAAGCGUACUCUGAGGAACAUUUGUAUCGACCAAAUACACCAGAGGCUUCAGCUAGAAUCGAUCUUUCAUGUGGUCCACAGUUAUCUCUCUUCAGUGGAUCAGAAAAUAAAAGUUGCGCCAAAGACCAAAUAUCAAAAUGCCAAUGCCAUAAGAAAUACUCAUCUAUAUCUGUCGGACCAAUAGAAUCAAUCAUCGAUCGCAGCAAAGCUACAUCCUACAGGCGAUGUCCAACACCAGAAAACAAAUCACAAAGUCUCCCACCGAAUGUAUCUAUUGCUAAUAUCGAUUCAAUCAUUAUCAGCUGUUUGCGAAUUUCACCAGAAGAACUCGCAAAUCAAUUAACGUUGCUAGAUUUCCCGGUGUUUGCUUCCAUUAAGCCAGAUGAGCUAACAAGUUGUGCCUGGAACAAAAAGAAUAAACUUGAAUUUUCCCCAAAUGUGGUUACAUCCAUAAAACGAUUUAAUCAUACCAUAUUUUGGACCGUACAGGAGGUUCUAAAUGGGAUAUCUCCAAAGGAACGUGCGGAAAUAAUAACACAUUUUAUAAAGGUAGCGAAACAUUUACACGAAUUAAACAAUCUGCAUUCCUUGUUCGCGAUAACUUCUGCACUGAAAAGUGUUAGCGUAUAUCGUCUCGAAAAAACAUGGUCACAUGUAUCGAAAAAAGACAAACAGCAAUUCGAAAAGUUGGCGGAUAUUUUCCACGACGGCAAUAACUGGGCUAAACUUAGAGAAUAUUUGGAAGAUCUUAGAUUACCAUGUAUUCCAUACUUAGGUUUGUUCCUGACUGAUUUGGUGUACAUAGAUCUCGCACAUCCACAUAGGGGUGGAUUGGAAUCGGAACAACGAUGUACCAAGAUGAACAACAUUUUACGAGUGAUAUCAAAUUAUCAGGGAUCGGAUUACUCACACAUUCAACCAAUCACGAAAACACUGGAUUAUCUGAACUCCGUUCGCUACAUAGAGGAACUUCAAACCAUUUUUGAAGAUGACCAAUACAAGAAAUCACUCAAAUUGGAACCGUUAACACCAUCAUCGUUACAGACAAUCAGCAAAACCACAGGCUCUAAGCAGGAUAGUUUUAUCGGUUGUAACGACAGCAAACCCUCUACACUAGCCUCUCUAAAUUUGUCCCCAGCAAAAUCGAACUCCAUGCGGUUUCCUGUAUCAGCAACCAAUAACUCUGCCUCGAAAAUCAUUGGACACCGCAAAUGCCGAAGUCUGGGAACGAAAUUUCGUAGCACAAGCUUGCCACGAAAUUUUCAAAAACAGUAUUGUGGUGCAACAUUUAAACCUAGUGAGUCUUGUCGCUGCAAAUAUUGCAUUUUCCACAAGAUCGCAUGCACUACAUCAACAAGCUCAUCGAACUCAAUACAGCGAACUGAAUCUUGCUUAAAAUCGCGACACCUGUUGGAUGAUUCUGUGUUAGAGGAUAAACUUCCAGUGGAAACUAUGUCGACCGGAAGUUCGGACGGUGUUAUAGGUUUCGAGAAUGAAACAGAAUACAUUGUCGAUAAUUUAGGAUUUCAAGGUUGCCUGCGGAGGAAAACUUUGAUGAAACAUCAACGUAAACCGACUGUAUCCUCCUGGCAGCGAUAUUGGGUUCAGAUAUGGGCGAACUCCUUGGUUUACUUUCCUCCCAAAUCUUUCAAAGGAUCUGAACGACGCGAUUACAAACGUGAGCCAUCAAAAAUAUGUACUUUAGAGGGCUGGAACGUUGAACUGAUUGAUGAGGCUUCCAGUAACACUUUUAAACUUGUCAAUCAUCAGCUAGGCCAUAUCUACAAAUUCCGCGCUAGCUCAGCAGACCUAACAUCGCAAUGGCUAAUUGCUUUGAACAAAGUAAUUACACAGAUUGCACCAGAAUUUCCUAAAAGACCCCCCCAGAAUUUAAUGUCAUUUGAAUAGUGAUAAUUGGGCAACGAAAUCGCUUUUCUCGGAAAUAGAUGUGAGUUAAUAAAAAAAGGCAAAGUAAUUUUUAUA